UCGUUAUUGUGACCCAGGAAACAGUUUUGGGGAUGGAAAUUGGGAAACAUGAGAAACUGAGUACGACAAUCUGGCAACGUUGUACAAUAAUCCCAGCCAUCAGCUGUUCAGUGUUUGUUUACCUCGCGCGGGGAGAGAGGAAGGGACACUGUGCUCCGUGCUUCCCUUGUUAUCCUUGCUAUCCACGUGCCCCCCUUGUUAUCCUCGUGCUCCCGGCCUUGUAGCGGUGCCGUGGCGGGGCGUGUAGGCGUUGACAUGUAAGCCCCGGUCGUCUACCCUCCGUGCCCUAUGGGGGUCCGUGGACGGGGCAGCACUCACGGUCAACGGCACUGCCCAUACACUCAGUCCACCCUGGCGGGGACUUCACCAAUGACCUCCAUGAAAACAGGGUCCCAGACAAGCCAGUUGGUCUGAAGGCCGUGGCGCUGACUGACCACAUCAGGGUGUGUUGGCAGCCCCCCGCACAGCACAAUGUGCUGCUGUGCGGCUACACCAUUGCCUGGGACCAAGGCGUGGCGGACAUCUACUCCAAGAUAGUGGACAGCAAGCAGCACGGUUACAUCAUUGAUAAGCUGGAACCCAACAUGGAGUUUGUGAUAAGCCUGCGAGCCUUCAACAACGUGGGUGACGGGCAACCGGUGUACCAGCAAGUCCACACCCAGCCAGAGGAGGAGGAGGUGGUGGAACCCACGCUGGACCCGGCGGUGUGGGUGAAGGCCGUGGUGCUGACGCCCUUCACCGUGGUGCUGCAGUGGGCGGACACCAUGCUGAGCCAGAACCAGCUGCACCACCUUCUCGUCCUCAUCCUCCAGCCGCUACGUCAACGCCACGGAUGUGACCUGCCUCAUUGACAGCCUCAAGCCAUCAACAGUGUGUGAGUUUGCUGUGAAGACCAUCAGGGUGAGACCACAGUGCUGGAAGCCUUCGUUCUUCUUUCAGUAAAUAUUCACUCAGUCCUGCAACACUUCUCAAGGAAAUCCUGCACAGCUGAAUCCUUGCUGUGAUGAGGCACAGAGAAAUUAUGACUCAUAGGGUGAGCUAUUAUUAGU